UUGACACGCAAAAUGCAGACCAUAAAUUACUGCGUUUUGCUCUUGUUUCUGUUGGCGAGCUCUAGCCAAGGCACAACGACAACCGACACUGAAAUACCGUCCAGCCAAUUGCGUAUGGAAGCAAGAGGCGGAGACUUAUCUGGCGAGGAAGAUAUAAUCUCCACUAGCUACGUCUUGCCCAAUCAGAUAUUUAAUGAUGGCAAGCCAUACUAUGCUCGACAAGAUCCUGUUUCUGGGCAGCUGGACUUUAGCGCCAAAAAGCCGGCAGGCAUUGAGCCCGCAGCAAACGAGGUAGUCGAUUCUAAGGAGAAAAUCGUACUGAGUGGAGGCGGGCCAAAUAUACACGACUUUCUCAAUCUUCCCGUUAAGUAUUCCUCGUCGAAAUUUGUAUACCCACUGGUGUCUAGCUCGUAUGCCAACUUGAAGUACCAGGGCAGUAAUAAGAACUAUGUGACGAAUAAAAAACCAACAUCAAUUAUGGCACCAGUUACACCUCCUCCCAUUCAUAACGCCAGUAACUUCUUUACGGUGCCAACCACAAAACUGACAGCAGUACCUCCCACUACGGCCGGUUACAUCUCAAGUUCCGCAGCGACACCUAACUUGGUCCAAACAACCACAACCGUCAAAGUAGCUAGCACCUCGGCUCCAACUAGUGCUAGACCAACGACUACAAAGAGCACGACAACACGCCGCCCUGCAUCAACUACGACUACGGGAGCGCCAGUAACGGUACGCACCAGCCCCACACGAAAAAAGUUUGUGCCAAUAAAGAAGACCACUCCGAUGGCAAACAGCACAGCAGUGGCUAAGAAACAGCUUCCAUCCACCACGACAGCAACGCCAUCUAAGCCGACCCAAAGCAGCCACAUAGUGGAUUACACUACUCACCAUCCCACUCCACAGGCCCCCAUUUUCCCCACAGAGUCAGCAUCAACCGUCAAAAUUUACACUUCAAGUAGCAGUCCACCUGUGGUCUUCACCGAAGAUCCCAUACGAUCGACUACAGUCAGCGAACCGGCCUUCAGCCACAUACCAAAUUUGGAACCCGCAGACGUCUACCACACAUUGGGCAAUAAAAAGACUCAGGCGCAGGAAGCUACAGUUAAGCCUCCGAUGACGCUGGGCGAUAUCUUCAACAGUCUAGUGGAGGAGGAAUCUGCUGUGGCUCAUAAUUAUCAGCAAAAUCAGGGUUUUGAUGCCUCAGGAAAUUUAAUCGAACCUAUCGCACCCUCCAGGCCGUCCCCAUUCGCAAUGCAACCACAAUACCUUCCCAGUGUGCCAUUACGGUCUAAAAACUAUACCACCUCGUCAGUGUCCGAUGGCCAAACGUACGGGCAUCAGGCACCUCUACCCGCUAACGAACAGAAGAUUAUUUCAGGCAGCCAAGAAGUCCACAGCAACGAGUACGUAUCGUACCAAGCACAACAACCACACGUAAUGCAGUAUCGUCCAACACCUGGUCAGAUAAAUAAUGUGGUCAUCUCACCUGGCCAACAGUCAGCUUCAUUUGUGUUGGGCAGCCAACAAAUGGGGCAUCUGAAUAACGUCGGCACUAUAGGGAAUAAUCCGCUAUUAUCAAAGGAUACGCCCGGGGUGCAAUACGGCCAAGUUAUAAAUGAGGACAUAGCCAGUAUUAAACGUCCAGUUCCACCGAUGCCAGAGAUGCCGAACCCCUCCUUUCAACAAAACGAAAACUAUGCGCCAUUCGGCUAUGGUGAACGUCCCCCAGAAGCGCCCUCGCCCUACCAACAGCUGCCCUUAAUCGGUUCCCCUUCUCGUCCCACCAAAUCGUCUGUUCCGAACCGGUCAGAGAGACCCAUGCUGUCAACCGUUGUGAAUUAUCAACAGCCCUCUACGCAGUUACAAGCACAUCCAACUGAAGGACCCACUGACAACUCAGACACGAAGGAGCUUCUCGUCUCGACAAAUAUACGAUUCCCCGCCAACGAUGAGUCCAUGGAGCUGACUUCUUCAGCCGUCUUGCCCGGUCCACCUGCGGGCUCACACAUCAAUGGUCAUGCUCAGCCGCUAAGCUUACAAAAAAUCAAAAGCAGCAACCCUGUGACCUUUCCCUCAAAUAAACAUGAGAAAGGUGCGAGCUCUAUCAGAAACCCCAAUUUGGAAAUACAACAGCAUGAGGUACUUACCAUGAGCCAGCACAGACAGCAGCAACUGCAAUCUGCCUCGCAACAUCCUGGCGGCAACGAACAAUUCCCACAUUCCCCAUCCCAGAACAUGGAGCCACCACCGCGUUAUCCUCACAACCCAACUGCGCCGCAAUCACCCCCAACUCCGGGACAUCGACCACACGAGCAGCCAACAGGACCUUUUCCCCAUUACAAUGAAUUCCAACGCAAAAAUUUCCAGAGCAACAGCCGAAUCAGCAUGGACCUGCCAAAUAUCUUACCGCAAUUCCGACCGAACGCCAAAAUUUCCAAUGCCCAUCCGCUUAAAUAUAAGCAGGAUCCCAGUAACGUGCACAGAGUCGCACAGGGCAUGAAGCGUCCAUAUAAUACCGGGGCGCCUCCGCAGUUCGCACACCGCCGCCAGCCCCUAGCUCAACAGCAGCUCCAGAGCCGUUACCCUCUUAACAGAAAGCCUGAAUACCCACUAAGUCCACCACCCAAUGGCGUCGAUAUAAAUAGACGAGUUUAUCGACUACCGCCCUCGCCCUAUGGAGAACAGGGGCCACAGCCUCCUUCUGAACGGUUGCAUGUUCCUCGCCCCAACGUGCAUUUAACAGAGCGGCAUGCGCCCUCAGGCGCAUCUACCGGGCUAUACAAUUUCGAGGAGGAGGACUUGGUUAUAAAUGACCCACCACAGCCGGUGACGUCCAGCAAGGAACGUUUGAGCGGCGAUGAGAAGAAACUAGAGCCUGUAGUCACACUUCAAAUGCUUCACUCGCAGAAAAAGCCGGUGAGUUUGCCGAAUGAUGAUACCGGCGCCGGCGAGAUCCAAGUGACGGCCGACAUGGACCCACAAGAAAUGAAACCGUAUUCACCUAACGAACAGAAUGGCCUCUACGUUGUGUUUCCCAAUGGUGGCGAGAAAUUAAAUAAGGCCGGUGCUGGUGAAAAUAUGAAAGCUCCGUCUGAGUAUCAGAACACACCCUUCUCUGUCAUACACGACCAGCCGCAGGAGCCGAUUCUUAAGAAUAAGAAACUUCAACCGCAGCAGCCCAAGGUUGAGAAAAUACCUAGCGGCCACUUCCCCUAUCCCAUUGAGAAACCGGAUUCGUCAUUAACUGAGUUGCAGCCGAAGGCGUCGGUGCAAGGCGUAUUGAUUGCACCUAUUAGGGAUGCAUUAAAUAGUGGAACAGAGGUGCCCAUCGCUAUUGCCUACACACCAACAGAGCAGCAACCGUAUCUUCGCAACGUUGCCGAAAGGGAUCAACAAUUCUCAAACGUAAACUUGGCCACGCCAGUUAUCAACGAAAUACGAAAUAGUGACACGCAAACGGAGGACGAUCUAAGUGCAAAUUUUAAUUUGCGAGGACAAAAUUUUGAGAGAGAUUUCAUGGCCCCUUUUUACCCCAGUAUUAGUGUAGGCGGUGCGAGCGAUGCCACGCCAAUGAACUCUCCUCUGAACAGCUGGAGCAUUGUGCCCACAACGACCGCUCAUUCAGUAUACGAAAAGAAUAAUAUUAAUCGUGCCGAUGUCGAGCCUGUAGAGGAAAGGCAUACAGAGGGGGUUAUGGUUGAAAACACCACGGAGAAGUCCAUCGACUUGGACAGUUUUAAGCCGGAACUGCAGGGCGGUUUCAAGCCAAUAUAUCCACCUAACUUCAACAUCGAGAGAGGAGAGCAACCUAAAACUCCCACUAAUGAAAAACUGAAAGUAUUGGAGAACACGCAGAAGCCUCUAGCAUUACCAUUAGUUAGUCAAAACGCAACGCAAAUCCACUUGGACGCUCCUACAACCCGUCCAAAGACAACGAUUUCCUCCAGUAGCCCAACCCCAUUGACGCUCAGCACCAUUUUAAGUACGUCCCCCACUAAGAAGGGACCAAUAACCAAUGGAGCAGAAGAUUCCGUGACUCCUCCACAACGAAAAGCCACAACCUUCGAGACUAGCCUGGCCGCCCUGCUGUUCGGGGAAGACGAAAAUGUCGACGACGCUCGGAAGACUGCAAAGACCAAGGGUAGCCCCCGGAAUGUGCCACGCAUGGGGCCGCGGAGCCUGAGCUGAGUUAACGGCA